AGUCUCGACGAAAAUGUAAGGCAAGGCGGCGGUGGCGGAAGUGUGUAGUCAGCGGGGAGUCGUCGCUCUCCAGCUGAUGACGCGGCGUAGCAAAAAUGGGAACAACGCGACAAAAAGCAGGAUUUUAAGCGCAGGGGCUUGCGAUCGAGCGGUGGAAUUACAUUAAUACACCAAAAAUGAGCAAUUUGGAAGAAGCUGAACUACAACUUUCUGAAUUAGAUUUACUUUCUAGUAUGUUUCCUAAUGAAGAUGACUUUAAGGUGACUGAUCAGUUGGCUUUAGCAGAACUGAAAGAGUAUGUUGGAAAAUGUACUUUAGAUGUACCAUCUUCGAAAAUACAAUUCAUCUUAUAUUUAGAUGUAGAAACUCCUGAUGAAAAUAAGGUACCACUUACUUUGUGCUGUGCUUUCCCAUUAAAAUAUCCAACUAUUCUUCCAGAAAUCACCAUAAGAUCUCCAAUGUUAAGCCGAUCACAGCAAGUUCAGAUGAAUGCAGAACUCAUUACUUACUUGAAGAAACAUUGUGCUGGUGAUGUUUGCAUAUUAAAUGCAAGAGAAUGGGUUAAAGACCAUACUGCCAUGUAUAUCAACAAAGGACCCUUACUGUCUACUGUUGAGAAAUCAGAUUUUCAGAAAUCAGAAUGUAUUCUCACUAGACUCUGGAUUUAUAGUCAUCAUAUUUAUAACAAACAGAAAAGAAAAAAUAUAAUUGAUUGGUCUAAGGAACUCUCUCUUUCUGGAUUCAGCAUGCCUGGGAAACCAGGCAUCAUUUGUGUAGAAGGACCACAAAAGAUGUGUGAAGAAUUUUGGGCAAGAAUAAGAAGAUUAACAUGGCAGAGAAUUUUAAUCCGUCACAGAGAAGACAUUUCCAUAGAAGGAACUGAAGUUGAAAUGGAGAAAGAAAAGAAGUUUUUGAUUUUUGAAGAAAAAAUAUUUGGUGCACAUGGUGCUAGGGGGAAUCACAUGGAUUUGGGACAAUUGUAUCAUUUUUUAAUUGACAAAAGUUGUGGUGAAAUAUUUCAACUCUAUUUUGGAGUUGAAGGACAAUAAGUUAAGGUGGGAAAAGCAUUAAGGAUAUAAACUAAGGAUGUAGGUUUUUUUCCUUUUAUUUUAUUGAAAGAAUAUAAUUAUAUUAUACUUGAAAAAUAAAUCAAUGGAAUUAAAACUGGAUGGUAGAAAAUGUUAUUUGCUUUGGUAAUUUAAGUAAAGUUUCUGGAUAUAUUACUAAUACCUCAUUGCUGUUUCUACUUCAGAAAUAGCAAAGUUCUGUGCUUAUAUUACUCAGGGCUAGAAAAAGAGGCCAUGCAGUAUCUGACCUUGGCUAAAAUUAAGACUUUUGCCAGCUUUACAUUAAAAAUACUUUAGUACUUUUAUAGUAUUAUGUGGAUAAAUAGUUCCGUUUGCUAUGAAAUUUGUUUGUAUAGCAAGUUGCCUGAACAUGAUGUUCUCUGGAACACUGGCCAGAUGUUUUAGGGCUUAAUUCUGUCUUGAACCAAGAAGUGCAACUCAAUUAUCUUGCAAUUGAUCAAGAUUCUACUGAACAGCAGGUAAUACAUUUGCAAAGAACUCCAUAGUUCACAAGUGUAUCCAUGAAUCUAAACUGAAAAAUUACUUCCAAAUCUACACUAUGCUCAUUGGGAAAAUGAUAUGGAAAAAUAGGAUGGCAGUGGGGAUACUGAAUUUUGAUUGAUUGAAGAUGGAUUUCUAACAUAUUGUGGGCUUUCCUGCAUCAGGAGUCCCUGUGCUGUCUUUCAAAACCCUGAUCAUGUCAUAUCUGACUACUGCAAGGCGCUCUACAUCAGUGUUUUUCAACCUUUUUUGUGCAAAGGCACACUUUUUUCAUGAAAAAAAUAACGAGGCACACCACC